AUGGACGCCAAAAAGUUAGGAUUCGAAGCAUAUGUGCAAAAAAUGCAAAGACAUUUUGAGCAGAAUUCUAAGAUUAGGGAUGUCCAGGCACAUUCCUCAAAGGUUCAUUCUGUAGCAUGGAGCUGUGAUGGUCGCAGGCUGGCAUCAGGAUCAUUUGAUAGAUCUGUUAGUAUUUAUACUCUGGAUAAAUAUGGAUUGAGUAAAGAAGCUAAUUAUAGGGGACAUACAGAGAGUGUUGAUCAGCUAUGUUGGCAUCCCAGUAACCCUGACAUGCUUGUAACAGCUUCUGGGGACAAAACUAUUAGAAUAUGGGAUACUAGAGCUGGUAAAUGUGUUAAUGUUGUCAACACCAAAGGUGAAAAUAUUAAUAUCUGCUGGAGUCCAGAUGGGAACACUAUUGCAGUUGGAAACAAAGAAGACCUCAUAACGUUUGUAGAUGCAAAAACUUACAAACCAAAAUGCGAUGAACAAUUUCGUUUUGAGGUCAACGAAAUAUCGUGGAAUAAUGACAACAAUUUAUUUUUCUUAACAAAUGGUCAAGGAUUUAUAAAUAUUUUAAGUUAUCCAGAGCUAAAACCACUACAGACGCUUCACGCUCAUCCAGCCAACUGUAUCUGUAUCAAGUUUGAUCCGACUGGGAAAUACUUUGCAACAGGGAGUGCUGACGCUCUCAUGAGUCUUUGGGACCUGGAUGAGCUCGUCUGUGUUAGAACGUUUUCAAGAUUAGAUUGGCCAGUACGAACCCUGAGUUUUAGUUAUGACGGACAAAUGAUUGCUUCUGGCUCCGAAGAUCUACUUAUUGAUAUCGCUAUGGUAGAAACAGGAGAGAAGAUAUGCGAUGUUCCUUGUACGGCUCCCACAUUCACGUUAGCCUGGCAUCCCAGAAAACAUAUCUUGGCUUUUGCUUGUGAUGAUAAGGAUAAACAUGAUCGUGAUGCUGGAACUGUCAGAAUAUUUGGUCUCCCAAGCUAACGACCAUGACCCUGAAGGUAGUAAAUAAUGACUUAAAAACUUUAGGACUUCUACUAUAGUCUUUUCACUCUUGUGAGCCUGUUGCACAUCGAGGUGAAACUGCUUUCAAGGAUUUUUUUUGUCUUUGACCCAAAAGAGUUUCAAGGAGAUAUAUGAUAAGUUUGGAUAAUCUCGAAGAUCUUAGUCGCUACUACGUCAGACUGCUACGUUGUUACUCGGAGCAAAAUAAAGGGAAUUUCGUUGUAGAAAAACUACAACCAAACAAUAGCUCUUCAUUUGCAAUAUGAAGUCGGGAAAAAUGUUUGGCUCCGCGAUACGAACCGCUUAUUCUCUACAACACGAUUUCAAACUGUAUAAUCUUUAUGUGUAAUUAAGUUAGUCACAGCAUGUGUCAUUACGGAAAUUAGUUCGCUUCCCGGAUGAUAUUCAAAACUAACAGAAUACUGUCUCUGUAAUUAAUUCAUUCACAUUUUCUAAAUGUUCUUUGAGAAAGCUGAAGUCAGUAAGGCUGAGGUCAGCAGUGACAACGGGUACGACUACGAGUAGGAUUCUGUACUGAGGAAUUCGUUAUAAACAGAGCCAAAAUAAGCGCUGUUUGCUUUUACGCUGUGUGCAAAAGUCGCAAAACUCGUAGUCGUUGAACUUUUGUCCAUCGGAAAUUGAUUCACAAACUUGUACUCGUCGACUGCGAGUUUUGCCGAAUCGAAAUAAACGUACUCGAAGUCACAGCUAAAGCUCGCUAAUAUGGCGAAGACAGCAGCAGCAGUGUCCGUCAGGUGGAAAGUGUGGGGGACACUCUGUCAACUACACCCACUGCCAGAUACUGGUCUUUUAAAAGAAGUUUGAUGACUUUUAUCUUAUAUUUUAUCGAAAAAAUUUUAAUGAUUUUAAAAAUAUCCAUUUUAAUCGAAGUGUGGGGUUCAGGAGAUGAUUUAACAGUCCCAGAUGUGCCGGGCUGUUUAUGACAAGCAUGAAAACGUGGGGUUUUUUAUGACAAGUUUUACUGAUAAGGCAUUAAAACUAAUUUUCCCCGUCUCUAUGGGCAACAUGCUAUAACUUUUUAACAAGAAAAUGUUAUACAUAAAUACAUACAUACUUA